CCUGCUCAGUAUGACUCGUCUUGAGCUGUUGUGUGUACUUCUGCUGCUUAAUGUCACUGCAGUGUCCAGUCGGCCACAGUCAUACAGCUCCAUCGUAGGUGGCCAUGAUGCUAAAGAAGGAGUUUGGUUCUGGAUAGCGGCACUGGUGCUGAAGCAGUCUCCACAUGAAAUAUACUGCAGCGGCUCUAUCCUGAAUGAGAGAUGGGUGCUCACUGCUGCCCACUGUCUGGCUCGGCAAAAUCCACAGGAUGACUUCACUGUUCGGUUGGGUGCAUAUAGAUUGAGUAAAGAAUCCCCUCACGAGACCUCAUACAGCAUCAUCCAGGCGGUACCCCAUCCUAAAUACAAGUGCAUCACUGAAGGAGAUGACAUUGCUGUGCUACAGCUCGACAGAGACAUUACGUUCUCCAAGUUUGUAGGACCUGUGCCAGGUCUGGCUGAGGCCGGGGAGAUCUUCAACAGCCAAAGCAUCUGCUACUCUGCUGGCUGGGGUCAGACUGCCUACAGGGUGCCACUGAGAGAGCCCAGGACCUUACAGCAGGUGCAGCUCUCCAUUGUUACAAGAGAUACCUGUAGUCAACGCCACAAUGGGGUCCACAUCAGACCCGAGAUGAUCUGUGCAGGAACACAUGAAACCGGUGUCUGCAAAGGAGAUUCAGGGGGCCCGCUCAUGUGCUACGUCAGCACCUCGUUGGUUCAGGUCGGGGUGGUCAGCAGUGGAGAAAACUGUAAAGGGCCAGAUGUCUUCACUCGUGUCUCCAGCUACAGGGACUUCAUUCAAAAGUACACCAACCGCACCUCUGUAGAGCUGCACUAAGACCUGAAGCCAGCUCUGCAAACAUGCUGAAGCUCUUCUCUCCCUCGCUGUCCUCUUCAUCUUCCCAAAGCUCCUUUCCUCCUCUCUUCAUCCCUCUCUCCAUUUCUCAAUCUCAGUUUCCCAUUAUCCGUCUGAGGCAGAGUGAGUUGUGCUGUAGUAGCUAGAAUCAUAAGCAGGUGGUUACAGGUUUGAGGCUUGGGUGGUGGGAAACUCGUCUCACAUUUUUCAGCAUGGAAUCAACCAGAAAUGUUCCAGGAAAUAUCCAGCUGUGUAAAUGAUCUGAGCAAACCUAUAGCACCCUGGAAAACAGGAACUUCCAAGUUAGUGAAUCAGCAACCAUCUGGGCUUUUAAAUCUCUUGUAAACCUCCAUGCU